AUGUCCAAGUUUUCGCUUCGUGGCCGCUUGGCUGUUGUUACUGGAGGUGGUCGAGGCUGCGGCUUUGCAUUCGCGCAAGGAUUGGCUGAAGCCGGUGCUGAUGUUGCCAUUUUCGAUGUCAUCCAACCUGAUGCUACCGAAGUAAAGCAACUAAUCUCGAAACAUGAAGUUCAGAUCAAGUCAUACAUUGUGGAUGUUACCACAUUGUCUAGUCUAAAAGAGGGAUUUGCUUCUGUGGCUUCGGACUUCAAUAACAGACUAGACAUCCUUGUUGCAUGCGCGGGUGUUAACAAGAAUGUUCACUUCCUCGACACUGAGGAGGAGGACUUUGAGCGCCUCUUUGCGGUCAAUGCUAAGGGUGUCUACUUCUCGGCUAAGCUGGCAGCCCAGGCUAUGAUUGCCAACAAAACUCAAUGCGGCAGCAUCGUUCUUGUGGCUAGUAUUGCUUCCCAUAUGGCCAUCAGGUCCCAGAGGUCAACCGCCUACUGCGGUACCAAGGGCGCUGUACGAGCCAUGGUCGCGCCCAUUGCAGCUGAGCUUCAUGAACACGGCAUCCGAGUGAAUUCCAUCAGCCCCGGCUAUGUAAGGACAGCAAUGACUGCGCCAUUCCCUGACCUGCUCGAGGGAUGGAAGGAUGAGAUCAUGAACCACCGUGUUGCUGAGCCCGAUGAUAUCAUGGGAGCUUGCGUCUUCCUUGCUAGUGAUGCCAGCAAGUACUGCACAGGGUCGGAUAUCUUAGUAGAUGGAGGAGUGACAAAGUGGUAG